UUCACCAUCUCUGGAUCGUGCUUCUCUGUCUCCCUUUGAAUCGUCACUGGUUCACUCAGUUGGCGUGGGGAGUACUGGUCGCUCCCACCGGUCAUCGCCAGCAUGGAGCCUUCUUCGUCUUUCGGCAAGUUCUUCUACUUUUCCUAUUUCGCCGUAGGAUCAUAUCUUGCGAAGAGCCUCUGGGACCAGGUGGGCAGCCUACCGCUGGACCUGCUAUAUUCCACUAUCGAAGUGCGAUCCCACGACGAUGCCUACAACUACCUGCUGUUUUGGUUAACGAAGCAACGGUUCAAUGAAAGUAAGAACCGGCUCAUUGCGAGCACCUCCCUGAAUAGUGGCCUCGAUUACUGGAACGACAGCGACUCCGACGAUGGCGACAUAGACGACAUGCUGGAUGCCGAAGAGUCGAAAGAUUCCGGGUGGAAGGCCUCGCUGGCUAAUACACGUCAGCUGCUGUGGUCGCCCUCAGAAGGCACCCACUACUUUAGGUACCACGGUCGAUACCUGGCCGUCACCAGAGAAAUCGAGGAACGCAGUACGAUGCUCUACACGCGCACGGACAAACUACGCAUCUCGUGCCUCGGAUGGGACGCAUCCGUCUUGAAACAACUGAUGCUGGAAGCCCGGGUGGAAUACUCGCAGAAGGAGAAGGGCAAGACGGUGAUUUAUCGUGGCGCCAAGAGGGCCUAUGACAACGAGUUCUAUUGGGCCCGGUCAACUGCGCGUCCCGCCAGGCCUCUGUCCACCGUAAUUCUGGACCACGAGGAGAAGACCACCUUCAUUCGAGACGUCCAGCAAUAUCUCCAUCCCAGCACCAUGCGAUGGUACAGCGAUCGCGGGAUACCCUACCGGCGAGGCUACCUGUUCUAUGGUCCGCCCGGCACUGGCAAGUCAAGUCUCGCGUUCGCGGCGGGAGGAUUCCUGGGAUUGAACGUAUAUAUCCUGGACGUAAACGCCAAUCAACUGACGGAAGACGCCCUGGCGCAGUUGUUCCAGGAGCUCCCCCGCCGAUGCCUGGUGCUGCUCGAAGAUAUCGACACGAACGAAGUGACGAGUCGGCGCACGGAUAAAUCGAAAAAGAAGCGAACGGGGAACAACAAGAUCUCGCUCUCAGCCCUGCUGAACACGAUCGAUGGCGUGGCCGCACAGGAAGGUCGCGUGCUCAUCAUGACCACCAAUCACCACGAACACCUUGAUCCGGCGCUGGUUCGACCGGGCCGGGUGGACUAUCAGAUCGAGUUCAAGCUGGCCAACCGCAAUCUGAUGAUGCAGAUGUUUCAAAACCUCUUCCGAGACACCCCUCCUAGCGUUGAAUCGCACUUUGAGGAUAGUGAAACGGAGGCACUGACUCUACCUCCGGCCGACAAGAUCCCCCUUCUUCCCGCAGCCGACCAGGCAGUGGCCCUCGCUGGACGACCGAGCAACCCGGAUGUGGACAUGGAACAGCUGGCGGCAACGUUUGCCGAAAAGAUCCCCGAAUUGACAUUCUCACCCGCGGAGAUCCAGGGCUACCUGCUAUGCCACAAGAACUCGCCCCUCGAUGCCAUCACGCAUGUCGAAUUGUGGGUGGAGAAGACGCUGGAGGAAAAGAAAAAGAUGGAAGAAGCGGAAAGGGCAUCCAAGGAGGAGGAUGAGGGGGCGAAGAAUGAUAAGGGUAAGAAGAAAAAGAAGGGACAAAAGAGCAAGAAGGCGAAGGAGAGUAAGGAAGAUGGUAGCGGCGAAGAGGACGAAAACAAGGGAUCCUCUAGCUCUGAGAGCGAGUCGGAUGAAUCAUCGGAUGAGGAGGACAAACAUCCACAUUUUAUGUAAUGAGAUUGGAGGAAGUAGAAGAUGAAAGCUUCCAUAAUAUCAAGACGAGAUAGACCUUUCCAUACAAUUGAUGUGUAGUAUUUUAUCCUUGAAUCCUGGAUCAACCGUCCCACUGAAAGAGUGAUAGAUGAUAGACGUGAUAACCCCAUUUUUACACCUUUCAGCCUUGUCCUGUGCAUCAAGGCAAGCCUGUGAGCCACCACUAAUCCCGUUGAACUGAGC